AACUCAGGGCUGCUGGAGGGCUGCCGUGUGUCCCAGGAGUUGGCGCUGGGGUUUUUACUUAAAAACUGAGCCCAGUGUCACCAUGCCACGGAGAGGAUUGGCCACUAGUGCCCACUCAGACAGCAGUGAGAUGGAUGUUGAUGGAACAGCAGAAUCAGAGAUAGCCAAACUGCAGAGACAGUUCAGGAUCAUGGAAGGGGAUCGGCAGGCCUACAGCAUUCAGGCCAGGGAGCAGAUCCGCAAACAACAGCAGGAGAUACAGAAUCUGCUGAAGGAGCAGGAGGAUCUGCACAUGAACCUUGGUACAUUCAAAAGCUCGUCACGCCAACAGCAGGACAGUGAGGACGCUCAGUGUCUCCGUGCUCUGCUGGAGCAGAGAGACGUGUUGGAGGAGGAGCUGGAGAAAGAGAAGCAGUGUCAAAAAGAGCUUGAGAAAGAGAUUGCAAACAUGGAGUUGCAGCUGGUAGAGUUGAGAAAAGGGGAGGUCAGAUCCGGGGAUGCGCAGAAGUCUGCGUUACAGCGGACUCAGAAGACCAUGCGCACUUUGGAAUACAAACUGAACAGAUCCUUGACUCGCUUCAACGAGCAGUUGACCAAAAACGGCCACCUGAGAGAGGAGUUGCAGACGCUUCACAUCGAGCGCAUCCGUUUCCAGCAACUACGCAGCAAACUGGACAAGGAACUUUACGAUGUCCGAAAGAAAAUGGGGGAAAUUGUCAACCUGUCCACUGCAGCCUACGAUGCCAGAGUGGAAGCUCAGUCCAAGAUGACGAUGAUGAAGGAGAAGGCAGAGAAGGACCUCGCCCAGCACAAUGCUGAGAUGAAGGAACUGGAAAGGGUUAUUGCACUAGAGUUCAGCCUGAAAGAGUUUAUGACCACCAAGUGCAGCGAGAGGAGUGGGCAGGACCCGGGCCGUGAGGUGGAACACAAACAACCGUCCGAGGCGAAGGAGCAGAGGAGGAUGGCCUCGGGGGAGGAGUCGCAGGGCGUUCUGGAGGAGGUGUUCGAGAGGAUCCAAGCAGUGACAGGGGAGGACAGCCUGGACAUGCUGGUCUCCAGGUUCAUCCAGGUUGAAGACCAGAACUUUGCACACUUCAACUUUGUAAAUGAGCAAAACAUGGAAGCUGAGGCCCUGCGAGAUUACAUCAGCAAGACACAAGCAGCGAUACGGAGAUUUGGUGUAGCAGGUCUGCAGCAGGAGCAGGAUCAUCGCUCUCUGCUGAGAGACAUUGAGCAGCGACAAAAGGAAAGCAAGUUUCAAGCAGAGGACUGUGAAAACCAAGCCGGCAUCAUAAGCCAAAUACUGGACGAGAUCAAAACAGGCGUGAACAGCAUCUUCUCUAGAAUGGAUUGCGACCCCUCAGUGACGGAGGACACACUGGGUUCCUCCACAGGGAGCGCUGAGAACAACGUCAUGUCCCGCCUGGGUCCGGUGGAACAGAAGACCAUCGAGCUGCUCACCAUACGAGCUUUCCUCAGUUCUAAAGAUCUAGAAAAGGACUACAAUCCAAAAGACCUGGCCAAAUGUCUUUUGGGUCAAAAUCCAGAAUUGCUUCAGCAGACUGUCAGCAUCCAACCUGAAAUCCACAGCCUGGGACAUGACGAAGAGUCUCCCGUCACCGACGAGGACGAACGACCACUUUCACAGGGGGAACUUCGCAAGCGGAUAUGGGUUAGGGUUCUGCAGAAGGAGGGUUCAGCCCGGCAGGCAGCAGCCAAAGCCUCAAAGAUCAGCCAGCAGUUCGGUGGGCGGCUCCGCUCUCUGGAGGACGCGCCGGUCUGACACGUCGGCCUCUGUGUUUAAAUUUGGAUCCGCCGUCGCCUGCAUCUGUGGUGCCCGCUUUUGUUGUUAAGAAUGAUGUAGAACAACGAGCGCCGCGGCCGCUGGCGGAACCUUAGCCAGAUUGACCCAUUUUUGAAAUGUUGCAGCCUGCGCAUGUAAACAUUUAAAGCUUAAUUACCUUAUGCAUGCCACCUAUUAUGAGGACUUUGUUGGCGCGACUUGUUCAAUGGCCACAUGUUGGUGGGAUUUGUUUCGUUAAAACUAAUUAGGUCUGGGGCUGUAAAGAUGCCCUUUCAGAUUGUGGUAAACCAGCUGUCCUUUUGAUGUGGGACCUGCCAUCUGGCUUUGACUAUGCAGUCUGGUUGCAGUACAACCCUCCCGCACUGGCGGCUUUUCAUUGCAUGGUGGUUGCUGCUAUGCUCAAACAGAAAGGUUGGGGGCAGCAGAACCUUCUGUAAUUCUAAUUGGCAGGCUGAGCCCUUAAGUCUGUGUUUCCAUAAAGGACACGAGGAGCAUUUAACGCUUCACUGUACACACUGAUAUAGAACAUUAUUAGGUUGCGGAAAUGACGCUUAUUUUUCUCAGAUGUGUUUCGCCGACUCGUUUAUUCUUAUUUAUGUAAUUAAUUAAAUAAACUGGUAUCUUUUCAUUCCAUUAGUUAUCUGUUUAUGUACAUCACAAUCAUUAACAUCAUCCACUCUUCAUGCUGCUGAUAGGUAGUCAGCGUGGACUUCCUAUAUUACCUGUGUGUGUAGUAGCGAUAUCUUGCAUCUUGUAUUUAAUUAAUGUGGCUUGUAAUGUGCAAAGAUUUUUUUUUUUUUUUUUACACCUCAGUUUUAUCCUCAUGGGUGUCAAAUGUCAUCUUAUCCAAACAUCCUGGGGUGAGCCUCUGGUGGGGAGAAUUUGUCAUUGACAGCUGAAGAGAGCAGCUUCCUCUGUACAAACAUCGGUGCCGGUGCAACUUAUUCUAAGAAACAGAUUUUUAUUUUUUUUUUCAACUGUGAAACGAUUUUAAAAAAAGGAUUGUGCUAUAUUUAGCAUUAAAGGUCACCUUGAUGCCAUCA